UCUGCGACGACGCGGCACGCAGGGGCGGGACUUCGCGGAGGCAGGAAGUGUGACGUAACUUUGUUUUGGAAAAACGGAGCAGGGACAAGCGACGGAAGAAUGGAGUCAAAGGUGGAGAAUUAUAAGCUGAUAUUUGAGAAGGAGGGGGUGUACCUCCACACCAAUGCCAAGAGGAGUAACCAGGACACCACCAUCCCUGGAUUCAUCCGGAUUGUGGAGCGGAGCGGGGAGCCAGCCUUAGAGUGGAGCCCGCUAGAGGAUGAGGGUCGAAACGCUCCUGCUGUGUUGUACACCAAAAAGGACGGAGAAGGAGGCGAGGAGGAUACAAACUUUGACCCUGGGUAUGAGCCCGACUGGGCCGUCAUCAGCACAGUGAAGAAAGAUCGAGAAUAUGUCCCAGUCAAAGAGUCAGGGCAGUGGUCUUUCUCGCUGCCUCUCUCAGAGCUGUACUCUCUCCGGAGGGCCCGCUUCUCCUUGGGCCGAAACUUCCUGGUGUUGACUAGUCGAGGAGGCCACCCGCUGCCCCCUCUGCACUUCCACAGAGGGGGAACCAGGGAGCUGCUGAGGGCCCUGCAGCGUUACAUCAUCCUGGCCUCGUCACCGGUCGAUGGGCGGCUCUUCCUUGCCUACCCUCUUGACUCAGGUGCCCUCUCUCAGUCCUUUGAUGAGCUGCAACUCCUCGAUGAUGGAGGCUCUGAUCUUGUCUCGAGAUUCAUCCAGGACCCUUACGCCACUACUUUUGGCGGUUUCUCCAAAGUCACCAAUUUCUUCAGGGGAGCCCUGCGGCCUCCAGAGUCCCCUCACCACCCUCGUGGUCCUCAGGACCCCAGCGCGCCGUCCCUGCCUGACGAAGAGCCUGGCUUUGAACUCAUCACCUGUGGGGUGGAGCUUGGCCCCAGACCAGAGGUGAGCAGGGGAAAACCUCUGGACAAGUGGGAGGAGUUUUUGGACCGUGAGGGGCGAGUGCAGCACCCAGAGAGAAUCAAAGAGCUUGUGUUCAGAGGGGGCAUCACGCCGGCCCUGAGGAAAGAGGCCUGGAAGUUCCUCCUGGGGUUUUAUCCGUGGAACAGCACUGCCAAAGAGAGAGAGGACAUUCUGCGCGUUAAAACGGAUGAGUACUUCAGAAUGAAAGUGCAGUGGAAGUCCGUCAGUGAAGAGCAGGAGAUGAGGAACUCGCUCCUCAGAGGAUACCGCAGCCUGAUAGAGAGAGACGUCAACAGGACAGACAGACAGAACACCUUCUUCUCCGGGAAUGACAAUCCAGGGCUGACUCUGCUUCAUGACGUGCUCAUGACGUACUGCAUGUACAACUUUGAUCUUGGCUACGUCCAGGGGAUGAGCGACCUGCUGGCUCCGCUCCUGUUUGUCACGCAGAACGAGGUGGAGUCCUUCUGGUGUCUGACGGGCUUCAUGGAGCUGGUGCACCAGAACUUUGAAGAGUCUCAGGAGGCCAUGAAGCAGCAGCUGCUCCAGCUCAGCAUCCUGCUGAAGGCCCUGGACCCGGAGCUCUGCGACUACCUGGACUCUCAGGACAGCGGCUCUCUUUGCUUCUGUUUCCGCUGGCUGCUCAUCUGGUUCAAGAGGGAGUUUUCCUUUGAAGACAUCCUCACGUUGUGGGAGGUCCUGUGGACUCGUCUGCCCUGCGACAACUUCCACCUGCUGAUCGCCUGCUCCAUCCUGGAGUCGCAGCGAGGCGAGCUGAUCGGCUCUGAUCACGACUUCAACACCAUUCUGAAGCACAUCAAUGAGCUGACGAUGAAGCUGGACCUGCAGACGGUGCUGUGUGGAGCAGAGGCCAUCUACCUGCAGCUGGUGCAGUGCAAGGAGCUUCCAGUCAGGGUGCAGGAGGUCCUGGGUCUCCGCAGCCCCUCCAGCUCCGAGGAGGAGAGCCCCGACACGGAGAGCAGCGAGACGCAGCACCUCCUCAGCCAAUCGGGAGGAGCCGCUGCCGCCGGCCCAGCAUGCAUCCCUCCGCCCACCUACCCUUAACGGCGAGGACCCAGCGGAUCAGCACGACACGGAAAAGUGACAGAGAGAUGUAUGAAGCAUAUUUAUAUAUGAAAAUAUAUAUCUACAUAUAUUCAUUAUGGAUAUUUGGAAUCCUAUGAGAGAGACUGAUUAUACUGUACUGAGGAGUGGAGGAUGAAGACUGCGCUACCAUCUGUAGGCGUUAGGGGGCGAUGUUGAGUGUUUUUUUUUUUUUUUUUUCUAAUGUGUGAUUAUGAAUGUUACUUCCCCAGGUGUUUCAACACUAGAGCUGUAUUUGCAGUACUCCUUUUCUUUUCUUAUGUCGUCCUUUCCUCUCCAUCCGUGCUCGUCAUUUGUUUACACGUUCUUUUUGCGAGAGAAUAUUGCCAUGCUUUGUUUUUUUUCCCCUCUCCCUUUUGUAUGAUGCUGCUAUUUUACAUUUCCGCCGGUAAUUUUCUCAUCGUCGCAGUUUGUCAGUUUGUUGUGUCUCGACGUACAUGCGCUGGGUUGCGCUUUAUUUAAAUUGCAGUGUACUCCUGCACCCCCAAUCUCGCCGCCAUCACUCAAAAGGGAAGAAGAUGAAGGAAAAUCUCACUGGCAGCGCAUUGUUAGUACUGUAUAAUGCCAUUCCAGCCCUAUGCAAUAUUUUUGCAUGCCUUAUAGAUUUUACAUGCAGCAUUGCAGUGUUUUUAGGUUUGUAAUUAUCUGUACUAUGUCGUAACAUUUUCACCCACUGAUUAUUACCAAAUAAAUGGUUGAAUCUUA